UAAUCCCUUUUUUUAAGCAAAUGAAAACAAAAGAAUGUAUUAUUUCUAAAUUAGUUUUAUAUGUCGAAUAAGUUAAUGCUUUAACUGAAAAUGUCGCAACGAUUGAAAUGUCUUCAAAGUAUUAACAGUUUGCCGAUUAAUUUAAAGCGCCAGAAGCAAAGAGAGCAGAGGAAACUUAAUAAUGGUGUUGGAAAAAAUCACAAAAAAAAUCAAAAGAAACUACGAAAGAAAGGCAAAUCGAAGAACGAGGAUUUUGAAUGGCAAGAAUUGCAGGCGCUUAUAAGUGCAACCGAAUCGGAAUUGAAAACUAUACUAGAAAAUGAACCCGUACUAGCAGACAUACCUUAUGAUAUUUCACCGGAAGAAUUGGAAGGAGAGAUUGCGUUAGCCAAAGGCUCUGGUAUGACUAUUUAUAUUCAACGUGAUGGCUUGUCUACGCUGACUGUUGUGUUACCUCAAAAGAAACCGACUAUUGCUAAUCUCAAGAGAGCGAUAGAAAUUGUAGCUAAAUUGCAAUUAAAAAGAGAAUUAAGAGAACGUCAGGCUGAGCGUCUGAAGCGAAGACGCUAUAAUGCGAUCAUAGCGAAAACAAGUGACGAUAAUGAAGAGAACAUUGAAAACCUGCAGCAACAGCAAAAACAAAAACAACAACAACAUUCAGAUACCCAGAAAGAUAUUGCAAGUAGUGUAAGCACUGAAGAAUCCGACAAGACGAUAACUAAAGGCGCACGUCUUACUGGUGAAUUAGUUUGUUCUACGGUACACAACGGUCACCAACAUCGUCCAAACGUAUCUUGGCGUUUCUUGUGGCGAGUUUAUGCUCUUUACAAUUUAGUCACAAAUCAGCCGAUUAACGAUGAGAACGCCGGCGGUCGUCAAUUAUUAAGUGAAUGCGGUAUUGAAAACGCACAAACAUUGAAAUUUUGUAAACGCGAAAAGUAUUUCGGUCGGAAGAGGCAAAAAUAAAGUAAAUGUAAUGAAUGAAUGAAU